GAGUGACUUCUCGUGUCUGUGUGUGCUGGUGUUGGAGAGAGGAGAGAGAGACAAAGGCGGACGUGCGAGCAUGGAAACACUCUGCUUUGCGCAGCGCGUGAUGAUAGCCGUCCAUCUGCUGCUCCUCCUGUCUGCAACUCUGGGUGCCCAGAGUAUUACAGCGGAGAUCGAACACGACAGUGAAGCGUCCGGUGGGAGCGGAGGAGACGUGAAGCUGCGCUGCGUCUACAAGGGAAGUGAGACCGUCGCACAGAUAACAUGGGCAAAGGAAACAAAUCAAAAGCGUGUGUACAUAGCACGUCGCCAGAAUGAUAUAAGUAGUGUAGAUGAUACGUUACACUGGCGCCUGACUUUCCUUGGCCACGGAAACAAGAAUGCCACCAUCUCAAUCCGCGCGCUGCGCGCCUCGGACAGCGGCACCUACAUCUGCACAUUCACGACAACAACACAAGGGACUAAGGAGGCGAAGAUCAACCUCAUCGUGGUCGUGACGCCAGAGGUGAGGUUGGCGUUGGGCCCGGCUCCCCUGGUGUCCGGUGGCAGCAAGUCUCAGCUGGCGGCGACGUGCGUAGCGGCCAACGGGAACCCCGCGGCGAGGGUGGCCUGGACCCUGAAAAACGUCUCGGGAAGCCACUUUGUCUUUGAAGCCCUGAAGGAUGACGCGGGCACCAUCAUCGAUCACAAAAAUGGCUCCAUCAGCGUGAUGCGGGAGCUGCGGUUGGAGCCGACGAAGGAGAUGAACAAAGCGUCGCUCGUGUGCAUCGUGACGCAGCCUGGGAACGGCAAUCGGAUCGAGAAGAUCGUCGCUCUCAAUGUGCACUACAAGCCGGAGGUGACAAUCAGUGGAGUCACUGGCCCCAUGCAAGAGGGAAGCGCCAAGGUCACUCUCACCUGUCUUGCCGAUGCCAAUCCCAGCGCCAAGUACUCGUGGAUGAGGAAUGGUACACAUAUGAAUGGCUCUGACCACAGCACGCUGACUCUAGAUCGUGCUGUGAGUAACUCCGGGAUGUACCGGUGCAUUGCUGUGAACUACGUGGGCUCGGACGCUGGCGAGAUCGAAGUCAACAUCACCUAUGCGCAAGAUGGCAUUGAGCCCUGCGUCAUAGCUGUUGCCACCGUAGUUGCACUCAUGGCGUUGGUGGCCGUGUUCGGAGCUAUUUACUUCUUCCGCAAGAAAGGCAGUCCUGUCACGAACCGCAUGCAACCUCUGGAUGAGAGAAUAAUGAAUUCUGCUGAAACGAGCCCACCUAACCAAGAGGCCAGUCACUACGAGCCUCUCAAGCCGCCUGAAGAGAACGCCUAUGACAAAUUAAACCACCCCAAGUACACGAACGCUUGAAACUGAACACUUCGGGAACGCACGCGUGCACUUAACAACGACAUGCAUUCGCAUGGAAAUCAAAACUCAAGAGCACGUGGUUCAAUCGGAGGUUACAUUUAUUCGGCCAUGGCGACACACAGAGACAAAUAUCCCCCCCCAUAUAGACAUAGACUGUUGGGACAAGUGCUGUUAGGGAGUCGCAUCUAUCAAGGCCGGCAAGGCACGGCACACGAGGGGGUAGAUGUCCAACACCACGCCCGGCUGUCAUUGUCUCACCAGUGGUCAUGUUUACACACCACACUAGAUACUUAUUUAAGGCUGAGUCGAUCUAGGGGAGGCCCAUGACCGGUUCAGAUAAUCGCUGUCACUGGUGUUGGCCGUGAGCAGGAAUCGAGCUCGGGUCGCAAAGUUAUUAGCGAAGCAGCGCACCAACCCGCUGCACUGCCGCUCCCAACACACACAUGCACAGACAUACAUACACACGUGUAUAUAUGUUUUAGAUCACAAUGCGAUCAUGUUCUGUGAGCCUUUUAAGUCUUGGGAGGACUGCAAAAUUACCGGCAUAUAACAGUACAGCAAAUAGGUUACAUAUAUAUCUGCGUGCAAAGUUUAGCAUUGCGCCCUUGCACAUGUGAUGGGUUUAAUACAGACACUCCGGUUUCCUCGCACUCUAUGAAACAACAAAAAUGUUGACAAACAUCUCAAUUCCUGAGACUCGGUGAUGUUUUCCUAUGUAAAUAUAUAUAUAUAUACCGUAGACUCUCGAUUAUCCGCGAUAAUGACAGAUAAUUUAAAACUGUGGAUAAUCCCAAAAUAUCCAUUUUCCGCGGAUCUCUAUGCCAAAAACGAACGAUCGAUUGAUUGAUGCACGUGGUCAGUGAUAACACUUUCUGGCUCCCGCGCAGAAG